AUGGGUAACGAACUCGAGGACAGACUCAAAGCACACAACAACGCCUUUGAGGGGCUCUUGUCGCUCAUUCCGUCGAAGUACUAUCACGCUGAGGAUUCUUCGUCGCAAUGGAACAAGCGCAAGCAGAGCAAGGAGGAGGCUAAGAAGGCGAAGAGGGCGAAGUUGGAUCCGGAGACCACCAUAUUCUCGGCCGCCGACACUCAAGCAAAGAAGGCCGCUGAAGCCGCCAAGGAGGCGGAGCAGAAGGACGCGACUACUGAAGCACCGGCCACACCCGCACCCUCUAAGGGCAAGAAGGAGCCUGCGUCAUAUCAGAAGAAGGCGAAGAAUGAGCACGCAACUCCGGUUCAGAACGGAUUCGCCAUGAAGAACGCUGCUAAGAAGCAGCAGAAUGGCGAGGAGAAGAAGGUUGAGGAGAUCCCGUCAAAGCCCGAGGCCGGAGAGGAUGGCUGGGAGACCGACCCUCAAACACCAAACAAGGACAGCAAGAAGCGCAAGAUCGCCAACGGAUCCGUAUCAACUACUGAAUCAACACAGCAAUCACAGGAAGCACAGACUCCGGCAAAUAUAUCCGAACUGAAAGCGAAACUGGCGGCAAAGAUUGAGGCUCUGCGUGCCAAGAGGAAGGCUCCUGGAACCGGCGUUGAGGGUGCUGCUACAUCGAGAACAGCCAUGAUCGAAGCUCGCAAAAUGAAAACCGACGCUCGCAAGGAGAGGAAGAAGGCUGUCAUUGCUGAGAAGCGCAAGUCUGGAGUCACGGUGAAGGACGAGUCUGAUUCGGACGAGGAGAUGGAGGAUGUUGCGCCAAGACCGUUAUCUCUGGGUGUGAAUUCUGACAGUGUUGCGUUUACGCGUGUCCAAUUUCAGGAUGGCGAGGAGCUUGAUAUGGAGACUGGUGAUGCGCGUGGGAAGAGGAAGAGGAAGGGGCCUCAGGACGCAUAUGGUGCUCUGAAGAGUAUUCAGGCGAAGAAGGCGAGGCUCGCGGAGAUGGAUGAGGACAAGGCACAAAAUAUCCAUGAGUCCGACACGUGGCGCCGUGCCAUUCUCCAGUCACAAGGAGAGAAGGUUCGCGAUAACGAAGCCUUGCUGAAGAAGACGGUCAAGCGUGUCGAGAAAGAGAAGAAGAAGUCGGAGAAGGAGUGGCAGGAGCGUCUGGCAAACGUGAGGAAGACGCAGCUUGCACGACAGAAGAAGCGUGAGGAGAACUUGAAGGCAAGGGUAGCAGGAAGUAAGAAGGGACAGAAGAAGGCUGCGGCGCUGGGUAUCAAGCCUGCACCGAAGAAGAAGCGGCCUGGAUUCGAGGGCACCAUGAGGAGUGGAGGGAAGAAAGGCAAGAAAUAG